AUAAUAACAAGCUGGGCUGUACAUUAUGCUUAGUGUUGAUAAGAAUUGUUUUAAUAUAACAGAAGAAAACGUGUUUGUUUGAGUAUUACAUACAUUAAAGCAGCUAAGGGUGAGUAACAAGAGAAAGUUUCAAUGAUUAAGCAAAGGAGUCCCAGUUAGAUUUACAACAAAACCUGGUGAACAAAGUUAAACACGUGCUAUAGUUUGUAUCGGAACUUGAAAUUUUAGUGAAGACCGUAAGAAAAGAUACGACAAACGAACAACAUAUUGGAUUCUACCUAGGACUAAAAUGGGCAAACUAAGCAUCAAAACAAUUGUAUCAUAUGACACUGAACAACCUGCCGAUUCUGUUGAAUGGUGCCCACAGGAGGGAUUGGAAGACAUAUUCGUGUGUGGCACCUAUCAGUUGGAACGAGACCAGGAAUCAUCUUCGGCUAACCGGAAAGGACGAAUAUUGCUAUUCCGUAAGGAAGAUUCACUAACUCUCCUACAAACGAUCGACAGAUCGGCCGUGUUGGACCAGAAAUGGAACCCAUGUGUAAAGAACCAAUUAGCCGUAGCUGGAGCAGACGGCACGGUAAUAAUCUAUGCGCUAAUCGAAUCCACCGGACAGCUCAUGCUCGAAUACAAAGCUACGGCAAAGCUACGUGGUGAUGAAACCAACGAUCGAAAUCUGUUAACGCUGGCGCUUGAUUGGAGCCCAGAUGGGAAGCGGAUCAUAGUAAGCGAUUCGCAUGGUUGUGUUGAAAUGUUAAGCUUUGAAAAUGGUCUGCUCCCCAUUCACGGAUGGAAGGUACACGGCUUUGAGGCGUGGACCUGUGCUUUUAGCCACCAUAACGAAAAUCUCAUGUUUAGUGGAGGAGACGAUUGUUUUCUGUACGCGCACGAUAUACGCUGCCCAGCCGAACCAGUCGUGAAAGGUAAAAAUAAAACACAUUCAGCCGGUGUCACCUCUCUGCUAUCCUUAGCCCACCGAGAACACGUUCUACUUACCGGAAGUUACGAUGAAAAUGUGCGGCUUUUUGAUGAACGACAGCUUAAAUCUUGUGUGUCCGAGCUGCCUCUGCAGGGCGGUGUUUGGCGUUUACGAACGAACCGAAACAGGGAACCGGAUAAUAUUCUGUGCGGCUGCAUGUAUCAUAACUUUAGCGUGGUUCAUGUGAAGCCAGACGAUACGUUCGAGUUAGUUGGCGAAUACGGUGAACAUGAAAGCAUAUGUUACGGGUGCGAUUGGCAACAGGUCGGGGAAAAUUAUCGUUCUGGGAAACAUGUAAUUGCAACUUGUUCGUUUUAUGACCAUAAACUAUGCAUUUCGGAGGUAUGCACAUGUAUGUGAAGAAAUAAAUAAAAUGUAACUUUUCCUUUGAACUUGAACACACGACA